GCCUCCUUAGUUGGUGCAGUGAUUUCAAAGCGAUUGGGUGUGUUCACAAAAGAGCGCCUCAAAUGCCGUGCGGUGGAUAUACAAGAUAAUAAAACAACUAAAAAGUGAACUUGGAGAAAAAAAACAAGAACAACAACGAAUGAAAGAAACAACCCAAAAAAAGAACAACAAAAAGUUACUCAAACAACGAAAAAAGAAAGAAACAACAACCACAAGCCAUUUGCAUUAAUUUUUAUUGUUUGUGAUCAUAAAAACACAAUAGAAAAAACAACAACAAUAGAAAGAAACUAAAUUAAUAAACAUUUCAGUAACAAAAAAAAAAAAAACAAAAUACUUUUGUGUGUGGCCAAACAACAUUAAAACGAUUGUGUAAUCGCAACGAGACAGGUUUUUUGGAGUAUUGAGGAAUUUUUGACUAGAAUUUGCAAACCUACCCAACCCAACACUCACUUGAACAAAAAAAAAAACAAAAAAUGCAGGCCAUUAAAUGUGUGGUUGUAGGCGAUGGUGCUGUGGGUAAGACCUGUCUUUUGAUCAGCUACACCACCAAUGCCUUCCCUGGAGAAUAUAUACCCACUGUCUUCGACAACUAUUCGGCCAAUGUUAUGGUGGAUGCCAAACCCAUAAAUUUGGGUUUGUGGGAUACAGCCGGUCAAGAGGAUUACGAUCGCUUGCGCCCCCUCUCCUAUCCACAGACAGAUGUUUUCCUUAUAUGCUUUUCACUGGUCAAUCCUGCCUCAUUUGAGAAUGUGCGAGCCAAAUGGUAUCCCGAGGUGCGUCAUCAUUGCCCCAAUGUACCCAUCAUAUUGGUGGGCACUAAAUUGGACUUGCGCGACGACAAGGCCACCAUUGAGAAACUCAAAGACAAGAAACUAACUCCCAUCACCUAUCCUCAGGGUUUGGCCAUGGCCAAGGAAAUUGGUGCUGUCAAGUAUUUGGAGUGCUCAGCUUUGACCCAAAAGGGUUUGAAAACAGUAUUCGAUGAAGCCAUACGUUCAGUGCUGUGUCCCGUCAUGCGGGUGCCCAAAAAGCGUAAAUGUGUUAUUCUCUAAAUGGGUGUUCCAUGCAAGAAGAGAGCGAGAGAAAGAGAGAGAGAUGCCACAUGCAGUGAGAUAGAAAGAGAGCAGAUAUAACAGAAGAAUUUUUAAGUUAAGCUGAAUAAUGGAAA